CGGUCUCUUCCUUCCGCUGUCACUGACAUCCUUUCUCCGAUACCUCAUACCGCAGCGCUCGAAGAGGACUUGAAACCAAUGGACGGGGGGCAAGAGGAGCGACCGAAGAAGAGACCGGGACGUGUUCCAACCUCAUGCGCUGAAUGUCGUCGGCUGAAACUUCGUUGUGAUAGAUCUGUCCCCUGUGGAAAAUGCGUUUCUCGGUAUGAGCCUGUCAGAAUGUGAUGGGUCUGCGACUCAACGGGAGUGACCUCCAGAGGUUGCGAAUCCUUGUGCCCGGAUGGCCAACUCUCCUCCACUGAUGUCAUUCAGCAUGGUCCUUGCGAACACGGAGGAAUUGCAAAAUCGCAUCAUGACGCUCUGCAACCGCAUUCGCGACCUCGAACACGCCCUUGAAACGCUUCAGAAGUCCGUAUCAACUCAGCCACAUCCGCUUUUACGAGAAGACCAGCUGAACAUCAAGAUUGAUCUUCCACCCCCUGCCAACCCCUCUGCGACGACAGACUCCAGCUCUGGUCGCUGUUCGUCUUUACGUGUAUUCCACGAGGGCUUAGAUCCCAUGAUGUCCUCUAAGGGAGAUGAAGCCUUGGUUGAUGCAUUCGGUAUGUUGGAGAUCGGCCCGCAUGGCGAGACGAAUUAUCUGGGCCAAACAGCACGCUCAGAGCAUCUCUUACGCGCUCUAUCGAAAUCCGACACUCUCGCUCCUGUCCCUCCCCCGAGACUUUCGCCGCGUAUCGUGGAAUUCUCGCUGUCGGACUUGAGCGGCACGAACAUCGACAUCGGGCGUGAAAUAUACGGCUAUCUCCCUCCCCUGUCGGAAGCGAUACAAUUAUGUGAGAUGUAUGUGCCCACGCCGCCUACUUCUUUUUCUAGAACAAUCUCGCUGCCUCGAACAGAGUUGAUUGACGACGUUUUGGAAACAGUGUACCGCGCAGGAGCUUUCGAACAUUUGCGCGACGCGCACAAUCUAUCGCUGCUCUUUGGUGUCUUCGCUAUUGCACUCAUCUUGGACCCGACCAAGAAGAAUCCGUGGAGCGUCAGAGCCCGAGAGUGUUAUCAUCUGGCUCGGGCCGUGCUCGGCAUCAUAUCCCCUCUUAAAAAGGCGUCAUUGGCGGCUAUUCAGGCCCUGCUUCAUCUCUCAUCAUACCUGGAGCUCAGCGAUUGGGAGGGUACGGGCCCUAAUCAGGGCUGGCUGCAUAUCGGGACGGCGGUGCGACUCGCGUACGGGAUUGGUUUACAUCUAAACAGCAAGCGGUGGAACGUGUGGGACCCGGAAGCUAAGCGACGUCACAGGUUAUUCUGGCAACUCUUUGUCCAGGAAACAUGGAUCAGUUUUUUCCUGGGUCGACCGCCCACUAUGUCGGUAGUGCUCACCGAUUGUCCGUAUCCGCAGGAUGAGGUCGUUGGGCAAGAUGGACAGAAGGAAAUGAGCUAUUUGACUUGGGCUUCUCAGUACUCCCUGCUUCUGCAUGAUGUGAUGGGGGUUUCACUCCAUAGUAAACCUUACGCUACGAUUCUAGCAUUGGAUCGCCGCAUCCGCGACUUCUACGUCCCGCCGUCUCUGAAGACGGUUUUUGGCGCACCUGCCGGUGUCGAAAGUUCGAAGCUCAUGAGCCAAUUACUGUGUUUAAUUGUCAAGGAGAGCUCUCUCCUGAAUCUGCAUCGGCCGUACUUCACUCAGGCCCUGCACGACCAGCCCGGGGACUUGGACACUCACCAAUACAUUCCCUCUGUUAUCGCAACAUAUCGCUCUGCGUGGCGGGUCAUUCGCAGUCUUGCUCUGGCAUGGAGAGAUCAAGGACCAUCGGUGGCUCGUAUCGGUUGUGCCUGGUCUCCUGCGCUUUCAGCCGCGCUCAUCCUGUGUGUGUUGGUAAUCCGCGCGCCGUCGUCCAGGAUGACUACAUCGGCCUUGGAGGAGCUCGAGGUCGUGUCACAAUUGUUCCAGGAUGCUGCUUCAAGCAGUCGAUUUGCACAAUCCAUGAGUGGAGCCGUGAUGAUGCUCAAACGAAAAGCGCAAACAGCCAUCGCCGGGAAUUCGGACAUGUUUUCUCCAGAAGUAUGCAUCGUUACACCUGCCGACCUGGAUAGUCUGAGCGGACGAACGCAUCUGGUAGCCCAUCCAUUACCUCAUUCGACCGGGUUCACCGAACUAUCUGCGGCCACGACUAGCGAAUCCUCGCCGAUUCACCCGACGGUCGCAGAAGACAUGCGUAGUUUCGGCGUCGCGGAACCCUCCCAGUUCUACGUCGGCGAUAUGGACACGCCCGCCGAUGUAAACACCCCAGCCGAACUACCGGGGACGGACUAUGGACCAAUAUCGGACUUUGCCGACUUUCCGGCGACUUUUCCCGCAUUGGAUGCAACGUGGCAAAGUUUUGUUGAACAUCUUGGAUUCUGAGAUGGCAGGAGAUGGUCUAGGAAUUGAAAAAUGAAAGCGGUGUUCCGAAUCGGGAAAGCAGUGUUCCAAAUCGGGAAAGAGGAGGAUUUGCGCGUGAUUGAGGUGCUGCAAGGGAAAAGUAAUUUGAAUGCCAGUUGUUUCCGUUUAAUGGAUUCACAAUGGUAUUAUAGCUGCACUAGAUUGUAAUGUGCUCAUAUAUUGUUGCAAAUCAUUGUAGAUACUUAUGAGAAAAUAAAGUUUUGGUCACUGCA